AUGGGUAUAACAGUCGAUUCACGCAACAAUUGCGUCCUCGCUGUAAUCCACGCCGUUAAACCUCUUCCUCUUUUCAACGCUCUCGCCGCCUACGACCUAAAAUCCGGCAACCGCCUCUUGCUCUCCCCUCUCCCCACCGAUGAAGAAGCCCUCGCAAACGACGUCGCUGUUGAUUACAACGACAACGCUUACGUCACGAACUCCAUCGGCAACUACAUCUGGAAAGUCAACGUGAAAGGAGAAGCUUCAAUCUUCUCAAAAUCGCCGAGGUUCACCGAACAUCCGGUGGACCGCGACACACCGUAUAGUUACAUCGGGCUCAACGGUAUUGCUUACGUCAGCAGCGAGGAUUAUCUCUUGGUGGUGCAAUCCAAUACAGGUAAGGUUUUCAAGGUUGUUGCGGACGACGGUACAGCCAGGCACGUACUUCUCAACGAGGAUCUCACGCGACCUGAUGGCGUCGUUUUUAGAAGUGACGGUGUCGUUUUGGUGGUUUCACCGCAAGCGAAUAAGUUGUGGCUUCUGAAGAGUAAUAAUGGAUGGGGGGAGGGUGUGGUUUAUAACAAAAUUGACCUUGAGAGUGAAGGGUACCCUACUUCGGUUGUUUCGAGAGGGAGGGAUAAGAUGUAUGUGUUGUAUGGGUAUUUUUUGGAGGGUCUUUUGGGGAAUUCAGAGAGGGAGGGUUUUAGAAUUGAGGAGAUUAUGUCACCAAAGGAGAGUGAGGGAGAGAAUGUUUGGCUUUAUGUGAUGAUUGGAUUUGGCAUGGUGUAUUUUGUGUAUUGGAGGUUUCAGAUGGGUCAGCUUGUGAAGCAUAUGAACAAAAAGAUCAAUUGA